AUGGCAGGAGUUUCAGAGAAGCCCGCAGGCUUUGCUGAGCUGUCCAAGAACAAGAGAGUCUUGGCUUGGUGCCUCCUAAUCUUCAUUCUACCCAUCAACUUCGGAUACGAGCUUGCACUAGUUGGCAACAUACUUGCAAUCCCUGCCUUCCUCGACCGCUUCGGGACGACCACGACCUCCGGCAUCAAGGAGGUUCCGACCCAAGAUCAGCAAAUCCUCAAUGCCUCAACUACUGUCGGUAUUGUGCUAGCCGCAUAUUGCACUGGGUUCAUCUCGGACAUUAUCGGCCGCCGCAUGGUGGUCAUAUGUGGCUGCGUUCUUUGCAUUGCUGGGAUUAUCGUACAAGGCUUCUCGAACUCGAUCUUGACGCUCUUUGGCGGCAAGCUCAUCAGCACCGUCGGCUACGGACUGGGCCACGCUCUGGGACCCGUCUAUGUCGCUGAGAUUGCACCAGACUCUCUGCGGGGAGUAUGCCUUAUUCUCAUCAACACCAUGAUCGUCAUUGGACAAUGGUCUUGCGCUCUGGUCGGCUACGGCGGGUCUUUCAUCAAGAGCGACUGGGGCUGGAGGUUGCCUGUGCUCGCCCAGCUGGUGCCUCCGUUCUUAAUGCUGGUACUUGGAGGAAUUUUACUGCCAGAGUCGCCGUCGUGGCUUCUAAUGAAGGGCAGACGCGAGGAAGCUGGAAAAUCGCUACGCAAAUUCAACGGCCCAAGACACAACGUGGAAGAGAGUUUGGCAAUGAUGGAAGCUACGCUCGAAAAGCAGAGGGCGUUGAGCCAAGGUGGCGCCUCAUACUUGGACUGUUUUCGAGGUACCAAUUUGCGCAGAACUACAAUCGUUUGCAUGGUGUAUUUGACACAGCAAUUUGCUGGUGCUCAGCUGGUUGUGGGAUACCUAUCAUACUUCUUUACUAUUGCAGGGGUGGGAAAUCCUAUCGGUAUUGCUCAGGUUUGUUACAGUAUUCAGCUGCUUGGCAAUAUCUGCUCGUGGUUCUUAGUUGAACGAGUUGGUCGCAGACCACUGAUAGUCUGGGGAACUAUUGCUAUGACGGCUCUGCUGCUAGUGAUUGGUGGCUUGGGUGUUCCGAAGAAUAACCAAAGCGCUCUUACUGCCAUGGUUGCACUUAUGGCUCUUUGGGGAUUCAUAUUCCAACUAUCAAUUGGUGCUGUUGGGUACGCUGUCGGUGGCGAAACUGCAUCCCCUCGCCUUCGUCAAAAGACCUACUCUAUCAACGUGAUGAGCAAUACGGCGGCCGCCUGUCUUGUCACGCAGCUCAUGCCGUUUUUGAUCAACCCCAGCAACGCCAAUCUCGGGGGUAAGGUUGCAUUCGUCUUCUUCGGACCGUCGCUGCUAUGUUCUAUCUAUCUCUACUUUUGCUUCCCAGAGAUGAAGGGCCGCAGUUACUUGGAGCUGGAGAACAUGUUCCAGAAGCGACUGCCAACUCGAGAAUUUAAGAACUAUCGUUUUGAGAUUGAGACUGUCGAGGUUGAUGAUGGGGAGAAGGUUGCGGUGGUCCUGAAGGAUUGA